GCUACGGUUCGUAGAAGGGGCCAGUCUUGGCAGUUCUCGCGUCUGUCCCGGUCCGCCGCGGCCGCUCCGCCGCUGCUUUGCCCGGGCGCCUUGGUGCGCUCGGCCAACGGCCUCUGCGAGUGCUCGCCCGAGCGCCCCGGAGCCGGCGGGCGGCGGCCCUUUCCGGGGACCCUCCAGCGGGCCCAGGGGACAAAAGUGGCUCUCAGUCUAGCACAUGCAUAUUGGAGCAGUUGAAGGAUUUACUAUGAAGCCCAGAAGCAGAUAGUGCCAAAUAUCAAGCCUGUUAUUUCACAUUUGGUGAGUGGGGCAGCAUUUCCUUCUCCCACUGCUGCUGAGAUGGCAGAAAUUAGUCGAAUUCAGUAUGAAAUGGAAUACACCGAAGGUAUUAGUCAGCGAAUGAGGGUCCCUGAAAAGUUAAAAGUGGCGCCAGCAAAUGCUGACCUGGAACAAGGAUUCCAAGAAGGAGUUCCCAACGCCGGUGUUAUUAUGCAAGUCCCAGAGAGGAUCGUUGUUACAGGAAAUAAUGAAGACAUUUCAUUUUCAAGACCAGCAGAUCUUGACCUUAUCCAGCCCACUCCCUUUAAACCUCUGGCACUGAAGACACCACCACGAGUGCUCACACUGAGUGAGAGACCCCUAGAUUUCCUGGAUUUGGAAAGACCACCUCCAACUCCUCAAAAUGAAGAAAUCCGAGCAGUUGGCAGGCUAAAAAGAGAACGUUCUAUGAGCGAGAAUGCUGUUCGCCAGAAUGGACAGCUGGUCAGAAACGACUCCAUGUGGCACAGAUCAGAUUCUGCCCCAAGAAAUAAAAUUUCAAGGUUCCAGGCAUCGAUUUCUGCACCGGAGUACACUGUGACACCAUCGCCGCCACAGACUCGGGUCUGUCCUCCCCAUAUGCUACCUGAAGAUGGAGCUAGUCUUUCCUCUGCCCGUGGCAUUUUGUCGCUUAUCCAGUCUUCUACCCGUAGGGCUUACCAGCAGAUCUUGGAUGUGCUGGAUGAAAAUCGCAGUGUGAGAAGACAAAAUGAGAUACGUUGUGAAAGACCUGUGUUGCGUGGUGGGUCAGCUGCCGCCACUUCUAAUCCUCAUCAUGACAACGUCAGGUAUGGCAUUUCAAGCAUAGAUGCAGCCAUUGAAGGAGCGUCAGACGACAUGGCUAUGGUAGAUGCAGCUUCAUUAAGACGUCAGAUAAUCAAAUUAAAUAGACGUCUGCAACUUCUAGAAGAGGAGAAUAAAGAACGUGCUAAAAGAGAAAUGGUCAUGUAUUCAAUUACUGUCACAUUCUGGCUGCUUAAUAGCUGGCUCUGGUUUCGACGCUAGAGGUAACCUCAGCAUUCACAUAUAUUGUCUCAACACCUGGAAAUAUAAAGGAUUUGCAAACUUCAUUGUUUCUGUCUUUGCAUUGUAUGCUGUUUUAGGGACCUGUUCUGUUAUUGAUCUGCAUUCAGCUAGUUCUGCAGUGGCACCUACACACUCUUCUUUCGCAUGUUUUGUAAAUAGGCUCUUGGUUUGUUUGUUUGUUUUUAAAGAAAAUCAUUUUUUGGGGCCUCAUCAGUCUGUACAGCCAAGUUCUCUAAAAAGAAAUGCCAGUCAUAAAGAGUGAGUUUAGAAAACUAUGUAAAAGAAAACAGUGUUUCUCAGAUGAUUAAUUUCUUUGAUAGAUGCUUUUUGUGUCUGCGUCACAACAUUAAUGCUUUUGAAGUCAUAGUCUGGUGCAGCACUUAAGAAAAAUCAAACCACCUAAUUCUUGAUCACCUGUACAGAGGGCGUGUGUAAAAACUCCUAAUGAUUCAGCAGUUUAUCUGUGUGCAAUAUGUUGUUCUGAUUUUCAUCUUAGUUUUCUAUAAAAUAUGUUUUUACCAAGUCCGUGUGUGAAUGAUUAAAAAACUUAAACAAUAAAGUAUAAAUGUAGUGUACUUAAUAAACUGUCAACCAAA